AUGAGUUUCUUUGCGCCAAGAACAGCAUCCAGCAACAACGCCAGUAACAAAACGACGCACGCUGAAAAGCAAGACUUGUUGAAAAAGAGUCAGCCUUGGGUUGAGAAAUACCGUCCAAAGACCAUGGAUGACAUUUCCUCACAGGAACAAGCAGUACUCGUCUUGAAAAAAGCGCUUCAGUCAGACAAUUUGCCUCAUUUGCUCUUUUACGGUCCUCCAGGUACUGGUAAAACAUCCACCAUUUUGGCAUUAGCAAACGAAUUGUACGGCCCCAAGCUGAUGAAGAGUCGAGUGUUGGAAUUGAACGCAUCAGACGAGAGAGGCAUCCAAAUUGUGCGUGAUAAAGUCAAGAAUUUUUCUCGCACCACAGUAACAAACAAAGUAGAUGGAUAUCCUUGCCCUCCUUACAAGAUUGUCAUUCUGGAUGAAGCAGAUUCCAUGACUAAGGACGCUCAGUCAGCAUUACGUCGAACCAUGGAAACCUAUUCAAAGACGACUCGAUUCUGCUUGGUGUGUAAUUAUGUCAGUCGCAUUAUUGAACCCAUCACCUCUCGUUGCGCCAAAUUCAGAUUCAAGCCUUUACCAGUCGCGGAUUUAGAGGAUCGUAUCAAGAUGAUCUGUGCAGAGGAGGGCGUCCGCUUGGGACCCAACACACUCAACACACUGAUUGAGAGCUCGGGAGGCGACCUCAGAAAAGCCAUCACCUUCUUACAGAGUGGCUACAAUUUGCAAGGAUCAGAGCCCAUCACACCCACCAUGAUUAGCGAAAUGGCAGGCAUUAUUCCUCAGGACAUGAUGCAACAGCUGAUUGAUGUUUGGUCCAGCAACAAUGUCAAGGCGAUUGAGAGACAGGUGCACGAUAUGAUGAAUGAAGGGUACUCGGGAGAAAACAUUGUGAGUCAAAUCCACGAUGCGAUUAUCAAGGAUGACGGGUUAAACACACUCCAAAAGGCAAAGAUUUCACAGUUUAUGUCUGUUGUGGACAUUGAUCUUGUGCAAGGCGCAGAUGAGCAUUUGCAAGUGCUGAAUCUCAUGGUCAAUAUUGCGAAUAUCGCAGCUAAUGCAUAA